UUCAUUUAUAACUAGAAAACAUAAUUUUUCUCAUUUAUGUACUUAAUAUUAUCAAUUUGUUCUAGUAUUCAACAUAUAAUUGAACGUUAUAAAAUUGAACCAAUUGUCGAUAAUUAUUGUCUAAAACAACAAAUAAAACCAGUAAUGGUAUCGAACAAUAAUGUGGGUAGCAUUUUAGAACAUUUUUUAUACAAAAAUUGACUUUUUUCAACAUGAAUUGAUACUCUUGUUCAUUGAAAGAAGAAAAGAUCUUAAGCUAAUUAAAAUAUAGCGAAAAAAUUUGUUCACUAUUUUAUCUUACUUUUUAGUGAAAUUUUGUUUACUCAAAUAUAAUUUUACAUGGGAAAAAUGAUGCGACUAUUCACAAUGGUUAUAUGCUGAAAUAUGGUAUAGUUGAUAAAUAUAUUAUUUUUAUUCUUUAUCGUUUAUUUUCUAUCUUUUUUUUAGUUGCAAAAACAAAGAAAUUAAAACAAUUUUAUUUUAUAUUAAACGAAAUGAAAAACGAUUACUUUACUUUGAUAGUGACAAGAAAAUAACGCCGGUUGGUUUGAUUGAUUUGUUCUGUUCCACUCUUUAUCCAUUACAUGAAACAGUAUACUCAAGGUCCUAUGGUUUCCAAUUAUCAGUUAAAACAAAUGAUUUGCAUACAUUACAUCAAUUCUUUUGUGAUUCGAAAGAAACUUACAUGUCUUGGUUAAAAUCUUUGAGUUGUCUAUGUUCAUUGGCAACAAGUUGUUUAUAUCCCACAAUGUCAUCCUUAUCAUCAUGCUAUUAUUUAUCUCGUUUAUCCAUACGUAUAAUUGAAUGUCGACCGAAAAUUGAAAAUGGUGACUGUUUUCUUUGUCUCAACGAUAUUCUCAUAGCAAAAACAUCAACAACAAAUCCAUCACAAACAUUUCUGUUUGAUAAAAUUCCAUUAGUAAAACAACAAUCUGCAAAACUAUCGCUCAUUUUUACAACUCAAUCAUCUGAUUUAACAUUGAAAGAAGAAUUAUCUCGUUUUAAUCUUGAUUUACCAUCUUCGCCUAUCAAUCAAUUUCUUUCAUUUGAUCAAUGGUAUCAUUCAACUUCGACAUCAUUAACUUUUCCAUCUACCGAUGCCGAAUGUUGUUCAAAAUUAAUUUUAUCUAAUCCACAUCUACCAUUAUCCAAAAUAUCCGUUAGACUUCAAUUUGCUCAAACAUUUUUAAAAUUAUUAUCUUCACAACAUCAACAACCACUCGGCAAUUAUUUAAAACAAUUAGCAAAAUAUGAAAUUGAACAAAUAGCAGAUAAAAUUUGUUUAUUUCGAUCAAAUUCCUUAUUUACUCUACUAAUCGAUACAUAUCUUCAUUCUACUUCAUCUCAAUAUGGACAAUUGAUUCUACAAGAAUCUAUUACCAUUUUAGAAGAAAAUAACUGUCUCCUAAGUGAAAAUAAACAAUUACUUAUGGUUCUUAUCAAAUUAAUGCUAUCUAAUUUUGAUUUAUAUCUUAAUUUUCUCUCUCGACAAAUUCGUAUUAUAUUUGCUUAUUUAUUUACACAAGCAAAAAUCAAAUAUCCACAAGAUAAAUAUUUACCUUAUCGAACAAUAACAAAUUUAUUAAUUUUAAGAUUUUUGGGACCAUUAUUAUUGAAUAAACCUCAACAACAACAAGACAAUUUACAUUCAUCACUGAUUUAUCUAACAAAAAUGUUAAAUACAACUGCCAGUCUCAAUUUUAAUACAAAUAAACCAUUGUCACCAUCUCAACCACUUGAUGCUGAAUUAAAUAUAUUUUUAUCAGAACAAAAAGAUGUUUUAAUUCAAUUUAUUGACAAUCUAAUUCAAAUUGAUGAUGAUCCUAGUGAUUUAGAUAAAAUUGAAGAGAAUGAUGAUUCAGUAUAUGAUUAUGUUUAUUUUUAUCAUUUAUGUUUACAAAAAAAACAAUUUAUUUUAACAGACAAUGAAAAUGAUUUACAAGAGAAAGAUAAAAGACAAUUUGAAUCAAAUUUAAAUCAAAUAACAAAAACAUUAGACAAUAAUUAG